AUGAACCGCCAGUUCACCUGCAAGUCGGGGGCUGCCGCCAAGGGGGGCUUCAGCGGCUGCUCAGCAGUGCUUUCAGGGGGCAGCUCGUCCUCCUACCGGGCAGGGGGCAAAGGGCUCAGCGGGGGCUUCGGAAGCCGGAGCCUCUACAGCCUGGGGGGCAUCCGGAACAUCUCCCUCAACAUGGCCAGCGGCAGUGGGAAGAGUGGUUAUGGAUUUGGCCGGGGCCGGGCCAGUGGCUUUGCUGGCAGCAUGUUUGGCAGUGUGGCCCUGGGGCCUGUGUGUCCAACUGUGUGCCCACCUGGAGGCAUCCAUCAGGUCACUGUCAACGAGAGCCUCCUGGCCCCCCUCAACGUGGAGCUGGACCCUGAGAUCCAGAAAGUGCGCGCCCAAGAGCGGGAGCAGAUCAAGGCUCUGAACAACAAGUUCGCCUCCUUCAUCGACAAGGUGCGGUUCCUGGAACAGCAGAACCAGGUGCUGGAGACCAAGUGGGAGCUGCUACAGCAGCUGGACCUGAACAACUGCAAGAACAACCUGGAGCCCAUCCUUGAGGGCUACAUCAGCAACCUGCGAAAGCAGUUAGAGACACUGUCUGGGGACAGGGUGCGGCUGGACUCGGAACUGCGUAGCGUGCGGGACGUGGUGGAGGACUACAAGAAGAAGUAUGAGGAAGAAAUCAACAGGCGGACAGCUGCAGAGAACGAGUUUGUGCUGCUCAAGAAGGACGUGGAUGCAGCUUAUGCCAAUAAGGAGGAGCUCCAGGCCAAGGUGGACUCCAUGGAUCAGGAGAUCAAGUUUUUCAAGUGCCUCUAUGAAGCCGAGAUCGCUCAGAUCCAGUCCCACAUCAGCGACAUGUCCGUCAUCCUGUCCAUGGAUAACAACCGGGACCUGAACUUGGACAGCAUCAUUGACGAGGUCCGCGCCCAGUAUGAAGAGAUCGCCUUGAAGAGCAAGGCUGAGGCUGAGGCCCUGUACCAGACCAAGUUCCAGGAGCUGCAGCUGGCAGCUGGCCGGCAUGGGGAUGACCUCAAAAACACCAAGAAUGAAAUCUCGGAGCUCACCCGGCUCAUCCAGAGAAUCCGCUCAGAGAUUGAGAAUGUGAAGAAGCAGGCUUCCAACCUGGAGACGGCCAUCGCCGAUGCUGAGCAGCGGGGCGACAGUGCCCUGAAGGACGCCCGGGCCAAGCUGGACGAGCUGGAGUCUGCCCUGCACCAGGCCAAGGAGGAGCUGGCCCGGAUGCUGCGGGAGUACCAGGAGCUCAUGAGCCUGAAGCUGGCCCUGGACAUGGAGAUCGCCACCUACCGCAAGCUGCUGGAGAGCGAGGAAUGCAGGAUGUCAGGAGAAUUUCCCUCCCCUGUCAGCAUCUCCAUCAUCAGCAGCACCAGCGGCAGCAGUGGCUAUGGCCUCCGGCCCAGCUCCGUCAGCGGCGGCUACGUGGCCAACAGCAGCAGCUGCAUCUCGGGCGUGUGCAGUGUCCGCGGUGGGGAGGGCAGGAGCCGGGGCAGCACCAGCGACUACAAGGAUACCCUGGGGAAGGGCUCCAGCCAGAGCGCAUCCUCCAAGAAAGCCAGCAGGUAGAGAGGGCCGUCCGAUGCCCUCCUGCCACCCGUGCAUCCCCAGCUGUCUCCCACACAUGCUCUUCCCCAGCCCACCAGCAGCCCCUUCUCUACCCAGCCCUGCUCUCGUACCUCCAGUGCUGGCCUUGGCCACCCACUUCUCCCAGCCUGUGUCUUCCUGAGCCUGGACAGGUGUGGAUGACUAAACCUGGGGAAAUUCCUCCUGGCAUAUGCCUGGCACUACUUUCCUUGGCUGAGGUCCCCCACCUAUGCCAUCAGCUCGGCUCCAGGCUCCCAGACUUCUGUCCUCUACAACAGCUUCCAGCUCAGUCGCUAAAUACUCUGGCUCCCUGGGGCUCACACCGAGCCCCAGCUCUCACACUGGGGCCUUUGUCCCAGCUCCUGCCUAGGCUAGUGGCUGGUUCUGUGUUCAAGACAAGGAGGACUGAAGGACAACAACCAAGAGAAGCCAGUCCCCAUCCCACCUUGGCUCCAUCUCAUGGCUCACUCUGAGCGGGACCCAGUACAACUCAGCAUCUCUCUUCACUCUCCUGUGUCCAGAAGCAGAGAAGAGGAGGCCCUCUGCAUCCCCUUUCUUCUUAGAACCCUCCUAUUGCAUCGUCAAUAAACAGCACAAUCUAA